AUGGGUGGAAAUGAUCUAAAAACACCAGAAUUUUCUAUUUCUUCUACAAGCAUGGAGAACAAGAGACGCAAACUUUUGCCAACCAUGUUGCUUAUCCAUCUUGUUAGUCUCAAUCACAAGUUCAGCCUCUCUCAAGUAAUCAAAGAGGGAAAAGUAUGCAUAUCUAAUAGCAGGGAUGUCUUUUCAAAUUAUGAGGGCAGGUUGAAAACUUACAUUGUCAAGGUAAGGAAACCAGAAGGUGUAGCAUCAGUGCAAUCCGCAGAUUUAGAUAGCUGGUGCAACUCAUUUUUGACGGUCACCACCUCCAUCUUACAUAAGCAACAACGGAUGGUAUAUUCCUAUCGACAUGUUACCACCGGUUUUGCUGCAAAACUUACAGCAGAUGAAGUGAAAGAUAUGGAAAAGGACAGCUUUGUAAGCUACAGAGCAACCGUGUUUCUUGGCAAUGGGGAGGAAUAUGAUGGAGAAUCCUUUUACCAGCCUAAACAUUUCUCAUCAACAUUACUGCCCCUGGUUUACCCUGGAUCAAAUAGUGAUCAUGAGAAAUCAAAAUUUUGCGAUCCAGGAUCAUUGGCAGAUGUUGAUGUCAAAGGAAAGGUAGUGUUGUGUGAGAAUGGUGGGAAAAUAAAUAGAACUGAAAAAGGCAAAGUAGUAAAGGAUGGUGGUGGUGCUGCGAUGAUUCUCACGAGCGAUGAUAAACUUGAUAACAGUAUAAAAGCCGAUUUUCAUGCACUUCCCGCAUCACACUUCAGGUAUGAAUCAGGGUUGAGAAUUAAAGACUACACAGCGUCAACAUCACCAAUGGCUAAAAUUGUGUUCAAGGGAACUGUUUUCGGCCUUCCGAAUGCUUCCAUGGUUGCUGAAUUUUCAUCGAGAGGCCCCAACUCGAUAAGUCCUGGGAUCCUAAAGCCUGACAUUAUAGGCCCCAGUGUAAAUAUUCUUGCGGCAUGGCCUACUGCUGUCAAAACCGACAGCGAAAACAGAGAACCAUCAUUUGAGAUGAUUUCAGGAACAUCAAUGGCUUGUCCUCAUCUUAGCGGCAUUGCUGCUUUGCUCAAAAGCUCUCACCCUCACUGGUCAUAUCUUCAGAAGAUCUUUUAUAUCCCCUGCCACCAAUUAGAUAAAUCAGUAGGGAAGAAAAGAAAGAGUAAUUACACUUUUCUUUUUUGCUUUCUUCUAGUCUCUCCGGUCAUAAAGAAAGAUUACCGGCAUAACGUGUGGUUGCUGUUCAUUUUCCAGCAUUUGCAGCCUCCUCCUGUCGCUUCAUUGGUUUCUCCUACCCAGCUUGUUCCACCACCAUUGGGAAAGGAAGAGUUUGAAACUAACUGA